UUGUCGAUGCCUUAUACUUCCGGUCUGUCUUCCAAUUAUAUUCUUCGUUUCCGUGGUAAAGAUAACAAGAUGGCGGAGCUUUCUAAGAAUUUGGACGUUCCACGGGAAAAAAAUUUCAUUAAAGAAAAUAUACUUUGUGCGAAGCGUUCCCAUCGAGCGGAGCCCAAGCAGCGAUUCGUCGACAGUCGUUUCGGCGACACGCAUGAAUUAAAAAAGAGCGGGUUGCUCCCGAUUUAUGUGCACAAAAAAAAUUACGGAAGUAUACCGAAAUUCGUCAAACGCGAUGUAAAAGUCGAUGUAAAACCGACAGAAACAAUCGAAUAUGAUUGCAAUGGAGUGCCGAAAAUACCUGCGUACCGAUAUAUCGACAAAGAGGAACGGAAGAUGUUGUUGGAUGGUAUGAAACAAACCUGGGAAGAACUGAUGAAACGGUUCCGUGGGUUGCCGUUUCUAACCGAUACGCUACCAAAGGCACAAAAAAAGGCAAAACUGGAGUACGAAUUGCAACAACUCGAGAAAGACAUAGCGAAUAUCGAGCAACAUCCGCAUAUAUACGUUUAUGACGACAGCGACGCAUAAUAUUAUGUAUAAUAUAUGUAACGAAAUUUAUAUGUUGGUGCAAUAUUUAAUUUACAUAAUUUUCAUAUAAAUUUAUAUUUUAUUAUUAAUAAACUUUUCCAACAUGCGUACAUUUAACUUGACAUUAUUGUGACGUUAUUUUCUAAAUUGAUUUAAUUUUAUGUCUUAUAACAGAUAAUAAGUUAUCUAUAGUUAUUAUAAAUAUAGAAUAAAUUUUUGUAUGAAAUUAU